UGUCAACGCUGAGUCUGGCAGGAAGUGCAUCUUGUGGCUGGCUGGAAUAUGAGGAGAAGAGGCAGUUUUAUACUGAGCUGCAGGGACAAAACACUCACCUUCUGACGAUAAAACCUUGAAAGAUGGACAGUUAUCGGCGAGGAAAACCCUGGGGAAAGCUAGUCAAAGUGAACUCCAGUGAAACUGUCCUGCUGUUCAACAGGGAAUGCACAGUUGGCAGAAAAAAGGGAUGUUAUCUGUCCUUCCCGGCCAACAAGCUGGUCUCAGGGGAGCACUGCAAGAUUGUGCAAGAUGAAAGAUCAGGGCAGGCGUGGCUCGAAGACAUGAGCACUAACGGCACGGUGAUCAACAUGUCCAAACUGAUCAAGAAGCAAACUCACAUGCUGCAGAACGGCGAUGUCAUCUACUUUGUGUACAGGAAAAGUGAGCCAGAACAAAACAUUGCCUAUGUUUACCACUCAAUCAAAACGGAAGAAGCUAUUUCCCAUUAUAGCUACGACGUGGAGCGGUCGGCCCUCAGUCCUGCUCCGCUCCCCCCCUCAGAGAUGCCUCUCUCUGUGGAGCCUGUGAUGCUCACUAAGGCUCCUCGUGAUCCAGCUCAGGAGGAACCGCAGCCCUCCACCUCCUCUUCACACUUCUGCAUCGGGGGUCCCACCACCUCUGUUCCUGCGGCAACUACAGCCUGUCCUGCUCCUGGCCAGGCUAAAGAUGCCGCCCCGCAGCAGGAGGAAGACUUGGAGCCAGAAAGCAAGCGUAGGAAAACUGAACACGAAAAAGAUUAUGAUUUGCCACACACCUCCAGUGGAGAGGUGGUCGAUUCAGCUAAGGCCAGUGUUCUGACUAAAGCCCCGGUGGAAGGGACCAAGACGGACAAGAUGGAGGAGAGUCUGACGUGUGUUAUUUGCCAGGAUCUACUGCAUGACUGUGUCAGUUUGCAGCCGUGCAUGCAUGUGUUCUGCGCUGCCUGUUACUCCGGCUGGAUGGAGCGCUCCUCUCUCUGCCCCACCUGCCGCUGCCCUGUGGAGAGGAUUCGCAAAAACCACAUCCUGAACAACCUGGUGGAGGCCUACCUCAUCCAGCACCCAGAGAAGUGCCGCAGUGAAGAGGACCUGAAGGGCAUGGACGGCCGAAACAAGAUCACUCAGGACAUGCUGCAGCCGAAGGUGGAGCGCUCGUUCUCUGACGAGGAGGGCAGCUCAGAUUACCUCUUCGAGCUCUCCGACAACGACAGUGACUCCUCCGACAUCAGCAGUCAGCCUCUGGUGGAGUGCAGGCAGUGUCCGAGCUUCAGCAGGGACAUCUCUCUGGUGUUUGCUUCAAACUACUGGCUCCCUGGACCUCCACCUCUAACUCCUCUACCCAAAGCAGCAGCAGCAGCUGAGGAGGGGGAAGCAAAACCACCAGAGGAGCAGCCUUCAACCUCCUCUGACACCCCCCCCUCAGCCCCUCAGGAGUACCGCUGCCCCCCCUUCGGCUGCCACCUCAUCUGCACCUGCUGCCUGCAGCCGAUGCCAGACCGACGGGCGGAGCCGAACAACGAGCAGCGCCUCGCUCAACAAUGUGUUCUGUGUCAGCGGCCCUUCUGUCACAUGUACUGGGGCUGCCAGAGGAUCGGCUGUCAGGGCUGUCUGGCCCGCUUCAGUGAACUCAAUCUGACCGACAAAUGCCUGGACGGUGUGCUGAACAACAACAACUACGAGUCAGAGAUCCUGCAGAACUACCUGUCCUCCAAAGGGAAGUCAUGGAGAGACGUGCUCCAGGAGUCUCUGCAGGCCUUACAGCAGGGCAACUACUACCUGUCAGACUGCCGCAUCUCUCCAAACGCCAUCCUGUGCUACUGCUGUGGCCUGCGGUCCUUCAAGGAGCUGGCCUACAAGUUCAGACAGAACAUCACUGCUCCUGAGCUGCCAGCUGCUGUUACAUCUCGUCCCGACUGUUACUGGGGACGCAACUGUCGCACGCAGGUGAAGGCGCAUCAUGCAACGAAAUUCAACCACAUUUGUGAGCAGACGCGUUUCAAGAGCUGAAGCAGCGGAGCGGUCUGUUUCUCCUAAAGUGUCAAAUGUAGAUAACGGAGCAUCUCAUAGACGUUUUAUUUUUCUCCAUUGUAUCCUAUUGCCUUCCAGAUAUUAUGCAAUAAUAACCUUAAUGCAGAAAUUACAAUCAGUAUCCAUUAGUAAUAGUGACCAGUGUGAAAUAAUUACUUUGCACAAUAACAUUGAUGUUUACUAGAAAUAUUUUUUAACAGCCACCAUUUAUAUACAGAUCACUUUUACCCGUGGAUAAUGCAUCUUCAAUUAACCACCAACUGUUAGAGUAAUUUAUUUCUACUUCCUGUUCUGUCCUCCAGCCUUGUGUCAAAAUGUUUUCUCAGAUUAAGAGCGAGUGAGGCAAUCUGAAUGGAAUAAGGCCAUUUACUGUAUGUACGCACAUGUAUGUUAGCAUGUUAUGUCUCCUGUAGCCUUAAGGCUUAAAACACCUGAUGUAUAUUUACUUUGUGACAUGUUUUCAGUCUAUGGCAUGCUGAGUUAAGAAUCCAGGGCUUCCUAUAUAAUGCUGAUGAUACUAGUUUUAUCAUUUUAGGUGAAAAAAAGAUCCUAGUUUUGAAUUAUAUUCUAAACGUCUGGGACUUUUCCUGUUUCUCCAGGCAUUACUGUGUUCCCAGACUCGGGCAAAAAGCCACGUCGAAGCCCUGCAUACAUACUAGAGUAGAUUUAUAAUCUCAUGUGAUAUUUGUAGAGGAUUGGGAAGGGGAUCAAUGUGUUGUAACGCUGUCAGAGGGCAGGGGGGGGGGGCUCCUUUGUAUGCUUUGCUCUGGAUAAUCAUCUCCAAGGUGAUUCAUGUAGUGUAACAGGGACGCUUUCUCCCAGCCUUGUAGUAAGAGCUUAGCUGUGAUUAAAUGCAGUUACUAAUAGGUGGUUGCACUCCAGGAAACGAAAUAUGCUGCCGGGGGACGUUGCUUUUAGAGGUAGUGGGCCACCCGUAGAGGAGAGUUUUACAGCAGAAACGUGCCAAUACAAACACAACAGUUGUCAUUUGUGUUUAAAUGAUAGAUUUCUAGCUUACUUCGCAAGAAUUUCGAAAGACGUUUAUUCAGAUUUUCUCUCGUUCCUCAGGUUCACAAAGCUGCUGUUGUUGUUGUUGUUGUUUUUAAAGGUGCCCUAUUAUGCUAAUUCUUAGGUUUCAUUAUCUGUAAUUUGUGAAAAUGUGCUUUUAUUGUUGAAAAGCAGCACCUCUUUUCACCCUCUGUCUGAAACCAGAGCCCAGUCUGCUCCGAUUGGUUAGCUGGCCGGCUCUGUUGUGAUUGGUCAACCGUUAUGAGAUGUCCCGCCCCUUAGUCUAUCACGGAAAAUGUGUUGGAGCGCUAGCCAAUAGGAGCACGAGUGUUAUAGAGUGAUGUCACAAAAACCUAUAUACCACACUAAAGGAAAGGGAAAACACCUGAAAGCAUAACAGGGCCUCUUUAACUCCGGGUACACCAAGUUAAUGAUGAAUCUGAUGACCUCUCUUUAUGACUAUCAUCACAAGUGUCAAAGUCGCUAUCAUGCAAAGCUGCAGAUAUAGUAUAAUGUCUACUGUAACAGAACAAAUCUGACUUUGAUUUUGCCGAGAUACAUAGGAACAUCCGGACAUUAGUUUCAAGAGGCCUUAUACAUGUUGAAAUAUGAGGAUGAAGUUGUAAUCUUGGUUUUCUUUCUAUUUAGGACCACUUUCGGUGUGUAGGAAAUGUUAAGAGCGGGCCUUAGCUCAGGCCGUUAGUUGAUUUAGGAGAAUACGCACUAAAUAUGUUUUCUAAAUGUGUUUAUAUUGUACAACUAUGAGGACAUUUGCACAUAACUUCUCUCAUACAAAUGAACCAGAAAUCAUAUAAGAACUGUCUUCCAGGAUCAUGAUAUCUGAUCAUAUGAAGGGUUAGUCCAGAAUAAGAUGCACAACAUCAAGAAUAAGAGAAAUAUGACCUUUUUUUAAGAACGUUUAAUAGCCUAGUUAAGAUAAUAUGCAUUUGUGAGUAUACAGUACAGUAUAAGUAACAUUAGCCAGAGUCAAUAUGGAUGCAGUAUUUGUUGUUUUGGGAAUGCAGCGCUUCCUGUUUCCUUUGCGAGUGUUGGUGUCGGUUCCUGUUAGCAAGGUGCUUUAGGUGGUUCUUCUUGUUGUUGUUGUUGUUUUUGCCCCCCCCCCCCGCGGUCAUGGUGGGUCCACACUGGCAUUUGCACAUAACUUCUCCUCAUACAAAUGAACCAGAAAUCAUUUAGGAGCUGUCUUCCAGGAUCAUUAUAUCUGAUCAGAAUAAGAUGCACAACAUCAAGAAUAAGAUACAUAUAACCUUUUGUAUUAGCCUAGUUAAGAUAAUAUGCAUUUGUGAAUAUGGAUGCAGUAUUAGUUGUUUUGGGAAUGCAACGCUUCCUGUUUCCUUUGCAAGUGUUGGUGUCAGUUCCUGUUAGCAAGGUGUUUCUUCUUGUUGUUGUUUUUUUUUCACACUGGCAUUCCUCAGCGGCUCAGGCCUUCAGCCUUCGAUCGCACGACAGAGUGGCUGAAUUGUAAUGAUUCCCUAGCGGGGAUCUGGGCUCUCUCUAAGCCAACAACAGUGCCGAGCUGCUCCAAUCAGGAAUUGGUAAUAAAGAGGCUUUGGAGGCGCGCUUUGCAGCCUCCUGGGGUGGGCUGUGGGGGGGCAUGUUGUACACCGAGGCAAAUAUUGACUCACUCCGUGUGCAAAAGUCUCGGUGUGGAGGCAGGUCUCACUCUACCUCAUCACAUCUCCUGGGAAAUAAGGGAGACUGAACAUGCGUCAGUGCAUACCUGAUGCCUCGGUAUGCACUGCACUAUUUCGAAAAGUUAGAAUAAAAUCACGUUCUAGUUAAAUCACUAUAUCACAUUAAGAACAUGUGUGAGGUUUGCUUCUUUACCCGGUUUGUUGUAUUAGCAAUGCUAAAGUUGUAUUUGAAAUGGAUAUGAUUUGCCUGUUUAUCCUAACAAAAUAAAAGACUGCUGUCUGUGCUUUCUUUAUUC